UUCAAGCUGCUUUUUGUUUCUCUAAUGAACCAAACAACUCGCUAUGUUGCAGCCUAAAUUCCAUUCAAACCGAAUUGAACUUGUAACUAUUCUACUAGAUCUAAAUCUGUACUGUACAAUGAUUUGAGUCUUGCUGGACUUUAUGCAAAGGUUGAGACCUAAAGAAAAACUCUAUUUCGGUAUGAGAGCUCAUGAUGACGAGACUGGACUGUGGUUCCCUUUGAAAAAAGACCUAAACCAGACAUUGAAGUAUCUGGUAACAAGAAAACCGACACAGUUAGCAAGGAACAGCCUGGCCCGACCAAUCAGCGAUAGAGCGUUCUUCCGUGACUUCACUCAUCUACGUAGAGCUGGUCAUUUCUCUGAUGCCAUCAUUAAAGUUGAUAAUGUUGUCUUUCCUGUCCACCGAAACAUACUGGCCUGUUGCAGCCCUUAUUUUAGAGCUCUGUUCACAGUCCUGGAAGGGUCAGUGCAGUCGUCUCAAGGCCAUGUAGAAACAAAAGAAGCACCGGACCAACCGUUGUCAAUAGGUCAAUCUAUAGGGUCAAGUGCUGUAGAGACGUAUUCCCCUGGUGUAGAGGGGAUGGAUUUUAAUCUCAACCAAGCAGAGUUUAACUGGUUGACAUGUCGAGCCAAUGGUACGGUAUCAAAGUCUUUGACGUCGAUGGCCAUCACAUCUUCUAAACAUUGUGAGCACAGAUCGCCUUCGGAUGGAACGGGCGUACCUCCCCUUGCGACCCAAACGUCCUCCUCCGUAUCAGAGAAAAUGCCUCUGGAAACUUCUGACACUCAUCUUGACCAGUCCCAAAGUAUUAAAUCAAGCUGCUGCUGUUACGAGGUGACCAUCACUGACGUCUGCCCCGACAUCAUGAACGAGAUCAUAGAGCACGCCUAUGGCGGUCAAGUUGCCGUCUCGGCCCACAACGUUGAGCAACUUCUGCCGGCAGCCGAUAGAUUUCAGGUUAUGCCCCUUUUAAAAGAAUGUUGUGACUUCCUGGCCAGCGAAAUCUCAGUGGGGAACUGUAUUUCUAUCGUCAAAUUCGCCAGUCACUUUUAUCAUUGUGACUCUUUAAGACAGCUUGGCACCCAGUUUCUGCUGGACAACUUUACAGCAGUCUUUCAGACUAGUCCAGAGUUUGAGAAACUGACCUGCAAAGAGCUAUGCUUCAUACUACGAGCUGACCAGCUCAACGCUAAACAUGAAGAACUGGUGCUGGACGCGAUCAUUCGAUGGGUUAUAGCGGACACUGGAGAACGAGAGAAGUAUAUUCCAGAACUGGUCUCAUGUGCCAGGGUAGGUCUUAUGAUGCCAGAUAAUAUGGGAGAGUUUGUAGACUCUUGGCUGCUGUCCAGAGAUUUAAACUCUGAUCUGAACAAAGUUACACUCCAGGUUAUGGAAUCUGUUUUACAACUCCAGAAGCAGCAGUUGGCGGCAGUGGACAGCGCCAUGUUCUCUCCAAGACUACCACGAGAUAUUCUGUUUGUGAUAGGUGGAUCCAAUUUUGGAUUCCCUCUCAACAUGGUGGAGGCCUUUGAUUGUCGAACUUGGCUGUGGUCCAUCAUAUGCCCUUAUGACUUCGCGCCUCGAUCUUACCAUGGGAUGGUGGCGCUGGACAAUGAGAUCUAUAUUAUUGGUGGAUUCAGCGGGCAGGUUUAUCUCAGCAGCUGUUGUAAACUAAAACCUGACACACUCACUUGGGAGGACGUCACACCAAUGAACACGAAGAGAUGCUACGUGGGUGUGACUGCACUGCAAGGAUGUCUCUACGCCGUUGGGGGAUUCGAUGGCCAGUACCGACUGAACAGCGCAGAACGAUUCAACCAAAGGACUAACCAGUGGAGCUUCAUCUCCCCAAUGAUACAGCAGAGAAGUGACGCUGGUGUGGCUGUACUCAGUGACAAACUUUACGUGUGUGGAGGUUUCAACGGUAUGGAGUGUAUCCGUGCGGUGGAGAUGUACGAUCCGUCCACUGACCAAUGGACACCAGAACCAAGUAUGCCCAGAGGUCGGAGUGGCCUUGGUCUGGUGGCGUACAAUGGCUACCUGUAUGCCGUCGGGGGCUUCGACGGAACAGACAGCACCGUGAGACUAUCCACGCUGGAAAGCUACAGCCCUGUUACUCGACAGUGGACACGUCUUGAACCAAUGCCUCACCCACGAAGUAAUUUAGCUGUAGAUGUGUUGGAAGAUGUUCUUUACGCCAUCGGAGGCUAUAGCGGUGACAGAACAACUUCAGUCGUUGAAUGCUACGACUUUAGUACCAACACCUGGUAUCAGUCGACACGAUUAAGUCACAACCGAAGCGCCCUUGGAGUUUGCGUGGUCAGCGCCCUACCCAAUGCCGCUAAGUUAUUGAGACGUGAUCCGACAGUGGUACACCCACAGAACGCCCUGAGAGAAUACUGACACCCAGAUCACUUUUUGUAGACAAGACAGCAGCAAGCCAUUUUCACAGCCUCGGGGCGCCACUGGAAUAGACUCGCUCCAGGACAGACCAUCUGUUUCACUUUUCUUCAGUCGUCUUUCCGGAGAGUCUGGGAAAAGACGGAAAGGAAACUCUUUUGUGUUGAUUGAUGAACAGAGAGGCUUGGUCAAUAAAGUUGGACACUCGACCAAAUAGCUUUGGAACAAAAAAAUUAUAAUUGUAUUUUUUUUUACUUCCUAUGCCCAUGUGUGUGUGAGAAAGAGAGAGAGAGAGAGAGAGAGAGAUGUAGAGAGAAAGAGAGAGAGAGUCAGAGAGAGAGAGUCAGAGAGAGAGAGAGAGAGUUUACUUGAUUGUGUCUGUGUAUGUAUUUCUUUUAAAGAAAAAAAAAAUCUCAGAUUUAACAAUCAGAUCUUUAGUAGAACUGGAAGGUUGGUAUCUGUGUGUCUAUCUAAGUAGAACUGGUGAGUUGGUCUGUGUGUGUGCGUGUGUGUUUGUAUAACUGGAUAGUGUUUGUGUUUCUCCAUUAGAAAUGGUUAGUGGCUGGGUGUGUUUGUCGUUAUUUGACCCGGAUAGUGUGCUUGGGUUUAAAUGGGACUGGAUGAUGUCUGUUGUGUUUUUUCAUAUAAAAAUAUUUUUUUUUAAUCGUAAAAUUAAUUAGCGUGUGUCUCUUUUUAAAAUAAAAUAUAUUGUCCUAAAAAUAUAUAACAUUUUAUCUUUGUAGUAAAAUA